GCGCUCUGCUAUGAAUCAGAUCAAGGACAGUGAAGAGGAAGCUCCGCCCUCUAAAACCGCUCUGUGUGAGGAACAUGAGGGUCAGAGGAGGAUCCAUCAACAGAGACCAGUCUCUGCUGGACCUGGACCAGGAACCAGCUGUGUGUCCAUGAAGAGUGACCAGUCCAUGGAUGAACCUGUGACCUUCAAACAAGAAAAGAGGAGGAUCCAUCAACAGGGACCAGACUCUGCUGGACCUGGACCUGGACCCAGCUGUGUGUCCAUGAAGAGUGACCGGUCUCUAGAUCGUCUUAUUCACUUCAAGGAUGGACAAAAACAUGGUCAGCAGAGGACAGAGGUUCUCAGUGGUCAGUCUGUCCAGCAGCAUGGAGCAGACCUGGACUCCAUAUUUAAGCUGCUGGAGGAGAACAUCAUCUGCUUUGUGAAGAAUGAGCUGAAGAAGAUCCACAAGGUUCUGGAUACAGAUCACACAGAAGUCUCAGAGAGUCAGAGGGAGGAUGAGGAGCAGAGGAGCAGCAAUGAGGCCUUUCUGAAGAUCACAGAGGACUUCUUAAGGAGGAUGAAGCAGGAGAAGCUAGCUGAUUGUGUUCUGUCAGAAAUCAGAGCUCCAGCUUGUCAACGUGAACUCAAAUCAAACCUGAAGAAGAAGUUCCAGUGUUUGUUUGAGGGCGUGGCUAAAGCAGGAAACCCCACCCUUCUGAAUGAAAUCUUCACAGAGCUCUACAUCACAGAGGGAGGGACUGGAGAGGUCAAUGAAGAACAUGAGGUCAGACAGAUUGAAAGAGCUUCCUGGAAACCAGAAAGACCAGAAACAUCCAUCAGACAAGAAGACAUCUUUAAAGCCUCGGCUGGAAGAGGCGGACCAAUCAGAAGAGUGAUGACAAAGGGCGUGGCUGGCAUUGGGAAAACAGUGUUAACAAAGAAGUUCACUCUGGACUGGGCUGAAGACAAAAGCAACCAGGACGUACAGCUCAUGUUUCCCUUCACCUUCAGAGAGCUGAAUGUGCUGAAAGCGAAGAAGUUCAGUUUGGUGGAACUCAUCCAUCACUUCUUCACUGAAACCAAAGAAGCAGGAAUCUGCAGGUUUGAAGACUUUAAGGUGGUCUUCAUCUUUGAUGGUCUGGACGAGUGUCGAGUUCCUCUGGACUUCCACAACACUGAGAUCCUGACUGACGUCACAGCGUCCACCUCAGUGAAUGUGCUGCUGACAAACCUCAUCAGGGGGAAACUGCUUCCCUCUGCUCGCCUCUGGAUAACCACACGACCUGCAGCAGCCAAUCAGAUCCCUCCUGACUGUGUGGACAUGGUUACAGAGGUCAGAGGGUUCACGGACCCACAGAAGGAGGGCUACUUCAGGAAGAGGUUCAGAGAUGAGGAGCAGGCCAGGAGGAUCAUCUCCCACAUCCAGACAUCACAAAGCCUCCACACCAUGUGCCACAUCCCAGUCUUCUGCUGGAUCACUGCAACAGUUCUGGAGAACAUGUUCAAAACCAGAGAUGGAGGAGAACUGCCCAAGACCCUGACUGAGAUGUACAUCCACUUCCUGGUGGUUCAGUCCAAAGUGAAGAAGGUUAAAUAUGAUGGAGGAGCUGAGACAGAUCCACACUGGAGUCCAGAGAACAGGAAGAUGAUUAAGUCUCUGGGGAAACUGGCUUUUGAGCAGCUGCAGAAAGGAAACCUGAUCUUCUAUGAAUCAGACCUGACAGAGUGUGGCAUCGAUAUCACAGCAGCUUCAGUUUACUCAGGAGUCUUCACUCAGAUCUUUAAAGAGGAGAGAGGCCUGUACCAGGACAAGGUAUUCUGCUUUGUCCAUCUGAGUGUUCAGGAGUUUCUGGCUGCUCUUCAUGUUCAUCUGACCUUCAUCACCUCUGGAACAAAUCUGUUGUCAGAAGAACCAACAACAAGCCAGCGGUCCAUACAAACAAACAAACCUGAACUGAAUCUUCUGCACCAGAGUGCUGUGGACGAGGCCUUACUGAGUCCAAAUGGACACCUGGACUUGUCCCUCCGCUUCCUCCUGGGUCUUUCACUGGAGACCAAUCAGGAGCUCUUAAGAGGUCUACUGACACAAACAGGAAGUGGUUCACAGACCAAUCAGGAAACAGUUGAGUACAUCAAGAAGAAGAUCAGUGAGAAUCUGUCAGCAGAGAGAAGCAUCAACCUGUUCCACUGUCUGAAUGAACUGAACCAUCGUUCUCUUGUGAAGGAGAUCCAAUGGUUCCUGAGAUCAGGACGCCUGUCCACAGAGACACUGUCUCCUGCUCAGUGGUCAGCUCUGGUCUUCAUCUUACUGUCAUCAGGAAAAGAUCUGGAAGAGUUUGACCUGAAGAAAUACUCUGCUUCAGAGAAGGCUCUUCUGAAGCUGCUGCCAGUGGUCAAAGCCUCCAACAAAGCUCUACUGAGUGGCUGUAAACUCUCAGAGAAAAGCUGUGAAGCUCUGUCCUCAGUCCUCAGCUCUGUGUCCUCUCAUCUGAGACACGUGGACCUGAGUAACAACGACUUGCAGGAUCAAGGAGUGAACCUGCUGUGUGAUGGACUGAAGAGUCCUCACUGUUCUCUGGAGACUCUGAGUCUGUCAGGUUGUCUGGUCUCAGAGGAAGGAUGUUCUUCUCUGACCUCAGCUCUGAACUCCAACCCCUCCCAUCUGAGAGAGCUGGACCUGAGCUACAAUCAUCCAGGAGACUCAGGAGAGAAGCUGCUGUCUGCUGGACUGAAGAGUCCUCACUGGAGACUGGACACUCUCAGGAUGGACCAUGCUGGAGAGCAGAGGUUAAAACCUGGUCCCAGGAAGUAUUCAUGUGAACUGGAACUGGACACAAACACAAUGAACAGAAAACUCAAACUGUCUGACGACAACAGGAAAGUGACCUGUGUGACAAAAGAUCAGUGGUAUCCUGAUCAUCCAGACAGAUUUGAGUCCUGGUUUCAGCUGCUGUGUAGACCUGGUCUGACUGGUCGCUGUUACUGGGAGGUCGAGUGGAGAGGAAGAGUUUAUAUAUCACUGAGUUACAGAGGAAUCAAGAGGAAAGGCAACAGUUAUGACUGUUUGUUUGGAGAUAAUGAUCAGUCCUGGAGUCUGAGGUGCUCUGAUGAUCAUGGUUACUCUGUCCGUCACUGUGGGACACGAACACCCAUCAUGUCCUCUGUCUCUCACAGAGUAUCAGUAUAUGUGGACUGUCCUGCUGGGACUCUGUCCUUCUACAGCGUCUCCUCUGACUCACUGAUCCACCUCCACACCUUCAGGACCACAUUCACUGAACCGGUUUAUCCUGGGUUCCUGUUCUGGCCUGGUUCCUCAGUGUCUCUGUGUCCUCUGUAGGACAUGAAGAGACAGCAGCUUCAGUGGUGGACGAGGUC